ACUUACCUCACAUCGAAUUCGAAACGUUACUUAUUCCGGGGUCUUCAGUGUGAAACCGUUCUCAGAAUUUUGAAUUUUAUUUUAAUACUCAUUCGAACAUAUCGCGUACUCGUACUUUAAUUUGAACUUAUUAAGUUAAUUCGCAUUUGCGCACUAAUACUGUGCGAGUCCAUGCCGCUCUCUGAAAAUUCUGACCUUUCCACUGUUUGUACGUCCUCCGGUCCUCGACGUCUGCCUCGAAGAUUCAAUUUCCAACCAACAAAAUAUUCCCGCGAAGGACUGACCUCGCCUGGUCCCAGCGAAUUCAGCAGUUUUACCGAAAACGACUCAUCCUGCAGUCUGUCGUCCCGCAGCAGGUGUACAAAACGAAAAUACCGCUCCAGCUCGUCGCGAAAUAAGGAAAAUUACAUCAAACGCAGGAAACCUAUCCGGGCACUUCCGAUUCGCCGCACACGGACAUGCUCACGAAGUCUGCACAUUAAAAGUAGAAGCGCCCCGCGACAUCAUAGUGUUUUGUACACCGGCAAAAGCACUCGCCAGUUGAAUAUAAAGAAGCGAAAAGCUUUUCUCGACCGCAUUCGUGCUCAGGAACCGGAUGUGGAAAUUGGUUGCGUUGUUAGGAGUUCGGAGAGCGAUGAUGUUCUGAUCGCAGAACAUAAAACCGCCAUUUCCGCCAAAACCUUGGCUCAUGGUCAACACGAGAUUACCAGUGUGGCGAGGCUCACCAACAGUUUUAUCGGUAGAGGCGGUUUUGGUGAAGUCUCGGCAUGGCAGAUAACGACAAAGGACGGAAAAGUCCAUCGCGUUGCUGUGAAAUGUUUCGAUGCUCAAGACGAAGGUUUGAAACUGGCCGAAGCCGAAGCCGCCGUAAUGAUGGAGUUUGAACAAUUGUUGAACUCAAAAUUGUUGUUGUGGUUUGUACCACGACGUCUCCGAUGUUUUCCGAAAGAUUUCCCUUAUCCUGCAAUAAUAAUGCCUCUGUAUGAAAACCGUAAAUGUAUUUCACCGUCCCUGUACAAUUUGGUUUUUGAUAAGCGAUUAAUACGGCCCACAAUAGCGUGGAUCCUGAGAACAGCCAUUCUGCUUUUGCGAGUCCUCGUCAAAUUACAUUCUGCCGGAUGGGCGCAUGGCGACUUACAUGCCGGCAAUGUCAUGCUGACAAACCGUGAAAUAGUCCUGAUCGACUUUAGCAAAGCAAACCGCAAAAAUCGUCCGUACAUAUACAGUUUGAAUAACGAUGCGGACUGGAUAAAACAACUGGACUGGAUCGAACCCAAAGCUGUGAUUGGACAAGACUGUUGUUCACGCGCCAGCGAUAUUUGGAGUUUCGGCAAACUUAUCCAGAUUUUGCUAGAAGCUUCCGGGGUUUCGCCAUCAUGCCUUUCGAAAAAGGAUCUUGAAUACCAUCGACGAUUAAAUGCUGUGGUGCACUUAGCUUAUCAUAAACGCCAAUAUCGACCGGAUGUACAGUUUCUACUAGAUGUUCUUAAUUGUAGAGAAUUCGCUUCCCUGAGCAUUUGUACCUGUCAGUCCGACUGUGAAAUGUUGCAAAAAUAGCGUCAUGCUUUACAAACCACACGUUCAUCUCGUUUCA